AUGCAUGGAAAGAAAAGGGUAACGAAAGGAGGAAAAAGAAGGAGGAGGAGGAGGAAAACCAUCGGACUCACUGUUACUGCACCUGAUCAAGUUGGAAAUGAUAUACGUUAUACGUCAAGGAUUUGUUUGAAAAAGGAGACAAUUCAAAUAUAUUCUGGAUUUCAUGGGACAGAAAAUUUAAACAAGAAAAACAUCUUGGGACAUGGAAUUUUAUAUUUUGUUUCAUUUGCGUGGGCUCACAAUUGCUUCAUUUCAAAAGCGACUGGUGUAUUUCGGGCUUUUUCGAAGGGUUUUUUUCCCUUUGGAUUUUUCUUCCAUGUGGUUGCUCAAAAAGUCUGCGGAGAAGGACAGUUGAAUGCGGCUUCCGAUGUGCACAAAAGAAUGGGUUUUCAUUCAAGGUGGCCAUUGGUGGGACCUGCACCAGCGGCUCUUUGUCUGUAUUUGAUCAGCAUGCUCCUUGUGUGCCUGCUGCCUUCUGCAUCAUGCACAACCUGCCCUCAAAAAUGCCGCUGUGAGGACCUGCAGUUCUACUGCGACACCCAGGGACUUCAGGCACCCCCAGAUGGGGUAGACAAAGGGGCUCUGGGACUUUCACUACGGCACAACAGCAUCACUGAGCUCAGCCCUGAUCAAUUCUAUGGAUUCAGUCAGCUCACCUGGUUACAUCUAGACCACAACCAGAUCACCACAGUUCAAGAAGAUGCCUUUCAGGGGCUCUACAAGUUGAAGGACCUCAAUCUGAGCUCUAAUCGAAUCACCAAGUUGCCCAAUACAACCUUCAUCCACCUCAUCAAUCUACAGAUUUUGGACCUGUCCUUCAAUCAGAUGACUGCUUUGGAACCAGAACUGUUUCAUGGAUUAAGAAAGCUCCAAAUACUCCACCUACGCUCCAAUUUACUUCGUACCACACCUGUGCGGGCGUUCUGGGACUGCCGCAGCCUGGAAUAUCUUGGUCUGAGCAGCAACCGUCUACGGAGUCUAGCUCGAAAUGGCUUUGCUGGGCUCAUUAAACUAAAAGAGCUCCACUUGGAGCACAAUCAGUUGACAAAGAUCAACUUGGCCCAUUUCCCACGCCUCGUUGGCCUCCAAUUUCUGUAUCUACAGUGGAAUAAAAUCAACAACAUAACAUGUGGGAUGGAGUGGACCUGGGCGACUUUAGAUAAGCUGGACCUAACCGGAAAUGAGAUUCGUGUUUUGACACCAGACAUAUUUCAAACGCUGCCAAAUCUAAAAAUUUUGCUGUUGGAUAACAACAAACUAAGCAGUCUGGAUGCCCAAGUGAUGGAUAUGUGGCAGUCUCUAAGUACUAUUGGGUUGUCUAGCAACCUCUGGGAAUGUACCAAAAGGAUUUGCUCUCUAGCCACUUGGCUGAGCACCUUCAAGGGAAGGUGGGAACAUUCCAUUCUCUGCCAUAGCCCUGAAUACGCCCAAGGUGAGGAAAUACUUGAUGCUGUGUAUGGAUUCCAACUUUGUCAUAAUUUCUCAGCACCAGUUGUGCAGACAAUUAGUACAACCACAGACGCUACUACAGCUGCAGAGAUGACAAGCUCCUUGUUUGGAAUAAUGCAGCCAACCCCUACACAGGACUUUGCAGAGGAUUUUGGGAGCUUUACCACAGCCACAACCACAACAACCACAAUACAAACACCUAUUAUUUCUCAAACAACCACUACUGCAAUGGAAGAGGCAGCAGUAACAGAUGACUUUUCCAUAAUGGACAACACUAUUAUGACACAUAGGGUUAUCAUGGGAACAAUGGCUCUUCUAUUUUCGUUCUUUUUCAUCAUUUUUGUUGUAUAUAUCUCACGAAAGUGCUGCCCUCCAACCUUGCGCCGGAUACGCCACUGUAAUGCUAUUCAGAACCGCCGGCAGAUGAGGACCCAGCAGAGGCAGCCUAUGGCAGAUCUAGCUACACAGGUGCCCUAUAAUGAGUAUGAACCCAGUCACGAAGAAGGAGCACUUGUGAUCAUCAAUGGCUACGGGCAGUGCAAGUGUCAGCAACUGCCUUAUAAAGAGUGUGAAGUAUGAACUCUUAUUUAUUUCUAGGGCAUAUGGUUUGCCACGUGACAUUAUGAUACAGGGUUUGCUUUUUGGAUCCUUUUUUUCCAGUUAAUGUAAACAAAAACAUACGGUAAUUUCUACUUUCUGGGAUUUGUGAAAACAUGAAAAAUGCUUAUUGCUCCAAUGACAGAGUGAACAUGGCAGUACCUGGAGUGUGUGGGGGUGUAGAGAUAGCCAUACAUUUAUUUUUCUAUGAAUGGAAGUGUGUUCGUACAAGGCAGGGGCAAUCAUUUUAAACAAAAAAAAGUUAACUGAGAUUUGUUUUCACAUUGUCUCAAAAUUCUUCAGCACAGAGCAAAUAUUUAGCCUAAUGACCCUGAGCUACAUUGUGUGGAGAAACAUUGUGACUUUCUUUUGAAGGUAUUAGAAAUCUCUUCUUACCUACACAUGGCCACUGCAAACAUGUCGGCAUUCACUCAUUUGGAACCACAAAUUGACUAACAUGUAAUGUUUGGAAAUGAAAGUGAAUGUAUUCACUUCCAAGAAAGGCAGACCUUGUUUUGUCAGAUUAUAAAUUUGUUUUUCCUGAGGAAUCAAUUCAACAGGCAUGAACCCAUCUGUAAAUGUUUUUGUUUGUAGUCACUCUGGUGUCCACUUCUAAUUACAAGUCAGUAUUCUUUUAACAAAAAUGAUUGACAUGAAUUUUGAAUCCAUGUAUUCAAGAGAAGUAACCAACCACACCUCAUGCCAGACAUACUGUAUAGUAAUGCAAAAGCGUUUUCAAAAGAUUAGCCUCUGACCUUUUUCUUGCUUGCUGUUGUACAGGUGGAUGGUAAAAGUAACAAGGAAAGAGUGAUGUAAAGUGCAAAAGCCAGAAUGGGGACCAUUUCAUUCUGAAAAUAAAAUAUUUCCUGGUACUCCAGGCUUUUUACUCCUUACACACUAAUCAGGACUGACAGCCAAGAUUGAACCAAUUAAGGCAAGGCAAAAUAAUCAAAUAUUCUGUCACCCACACCAGUGAUCUGGCAACAGUUUGCUUGUUCAGACACUGGAAUAUAGUGCCAUUACAGUCACCCUCUGUAGCACAGUUUUUCUUUGGAUAUGAGAUUUUUUUCCAGGCUAACAAAAAAUAACACUACGACAGUUAUGAGUUGUGUCAACCUACAUUGCGGUCAAUACUGAGAAAACAAAUUGAGAUCAAACGAUAAGCAAACAGCAAGUCUGGGUUUGGAUACAUUUGUAUGCAGGAGGGAGAGGAUGUGCAUUAGCAUCAGACUAAAGCUGCUGCUGCAGCUCCGCACUUCUUUGUGCUCAGUUUGAGGGAAAGAGGCAGGGUUAAGGAGAGCACGAUUGAGAGGAAUUGAUGCGCAGCAGGAAAGACACAACUAGAAGCAAUGUAUUUGUUUAUCAUAACUAGUGUGCAUAAUUUUGCUUAUUUCAAUUAAAUUGGACAAAAAAUACAGUGACAACAUAUUUGAUUAGAUUUUGAAACUAUUUUCAUUACUUUAAGAAUUAAACUAAUGUUUAAAUUUAUGGAGAAUUAGAGAAUACAUCUCAGUUCAUACAGUUAGGACUAAUAACAGUCCAGUGUUCUAAUACACUAAACUGAAUCUAAGUCACACAAGAGACUGACAGGAGGGAUCAUUUGUGGCUUUGUGCCUGUUAAACUUGGGUUUGGUUGUUCCAAAUAAAUGUUUGUGUCAGCAUAUAUAGCCUACACAGUCUUGAGUGUUUUUUAUACACAAAAAUAUGGGUUAAUUACUUAUUUGACUUAAAACGAGAAAAAAAUGCACUGCUCACACACUGAUUUCCAAAGUUAAACUGGUCUGCUGUGUCUCUACUUUGGUUUACCUUCAGCUUCGCAAUGUUAUUACAAAAAGCCCUUUUAACCUGUCUUGCAUGUUUAAACGUCAACAUUUUGUUAACUGCUUUGUCAUCCAGGAGGCAGAAAUACAUUUCUGAUACAGCAAAAGAGGGGAUUGAUAUGCAUUCCAACAAAGUUUUUGCUCAAUUAUUUGACAUUUCACUGUUAAACUAUGAUCGUAACAAGUGACUGAAAAGCCACAACAUUUGUAGAAAUAUGCAUCCCUUUGCACUUUGGCUCUUUGUAAAAUGUUUCUGUUUCCUCUUGUCAUCCUCUAGCUCUGGUCCCUAUCUUGCCUAAAAAAAAUAAAAGGAAAAACAAGAAAACAGAUCCCUUCCUCUCUUAUGCA